CAACAAUUAGAGAUCAUGGUGUACACUUGCGUUUAUCUAAUUCUCGUCUCUCACACAUUGUUGGCCUUUGCCAAUCAAUUACCUACUGAUAUCGAGAAAUGUCACUAUGGUGAUACAAAAUGCUUAGCCAAGAGCAUGAAUUAUGUUAUCAAACAUUAUGGUAAAACAGGAAUUCCGGCAUUGAAAUGGCCAUCUCUGAGUUUAGUAAAUAUAUCGACUGUCAGAUUUAUACAGGAUGAUCAUAGCAGACCUAUAUGGUAUGAAGGUGAUAUGUUUUAUACCAUAAUUAAAGGACUUGAAAAUUCAACUGUUACCAAAGUACGAGGCUUUGGAGAGGAUCCAAGUGCUGGCGAUAGUGAGAUAAAUAUUAUGAUUCCUAGCACGAUAACAACAAGCAAAUUUAAAUUAAAAGUUAAUAUUUUAAAUAUACCCAUUAUGCUUUCUGGAUUUUCCACAUUGGAUACGCAAAACAUUCGAGUAAAAGCAAAAAUGUCAUUUGUGCGUGAUAAUCGAGGAUAUGUGAAGGUUUAUAAAGUGAUUAUAAACACUAAAUGGGAUCGAUGGAUAAUUGAUUUGAAAAAUAUUGAUUCCGAGAACACAGAUCUUAUUAAUCUGAUGGCUGAUUGGAUCAAUGAGAACUGGGCAGAACUAUUCAAAGAUGCUGAACCAUUUACGGCCCAAAAAACUAAUGAAGUUGUGUUAAAACUAUUGAAUGACAGGUUCUCUACCAUACGCUAUGAAGACAUGUUUCUAAAACCUAAUAAUUGAUGUUGAGAAUUUUUAUAAAAUAAAAAAAUAAGGAAA